AUGGAGAUCUUCACCUCGUCGACCGCGGGGCCGCCGCAGGCCAGCGAAGACACCACGGACGCUGUCAAGGUCGACGCUAGCGUCGACGUGGUCCCGGAACAGCAUGUUCUCGCAUUGCAUGAUGUAUCACACAGCGAGCCUUGCGACGGCGACGCCAAGGUCGACAAAGAACAACCUAACACAAAAGUGGACGACGAUGCCAGAGCAACAGAAACAAUCACUACAGAGGAUAAACCAUCCACGCCGAACGAAGAGAAGCCUGCCAAAGUUGAAAUCGUCGAGAGCGACAAAGAACCCGAGGCCAAGCGCGCGAAAACGGGGGACGACGUCAAACCCACAAAACCGAUCACUACGGAAAAUGCAGCAGCUGUCCCAACAUCACCAACCAAAUCGAACGCCAGGCCAUCUAAAGUCGAUGGUGUUGAGAGCGACGGCCAACCAGCUCCGCCCAGCUUGACGGAGGACCCCACGUCAUCCGCACCAACGUCGUCGAACGGGCCAGAUAUCAAGCUGACGUCCCCCGACUCCAACAAAAACAGCAUAUCGUGGAUCCUAACGAGUGAGCCAGCGCCUUCAGCGAGCGAAGAAAUCGACGCCGCCGCCGUAGCAGAAUACGAAGCGUUGAAGGAACGUUUCCGCGUCGAACGCACGCCUUUCCUGCAGUCGUUGAGCGUCCACGAUCGGUUGGACAUCAAGUGCUACAAGUACCGGCAAUGGUUUGGGGGCAAGGUGUUGAAAAUAUCGGACAAGAAGGUCAAGAUCCACUUCCACGGGUUCAAGAAACCCGUCGACUACGACCGCGACGACUUCAUGCACCUAGCGCCCGAAGGCACGUACGCCGCCCCGUUCGACUCGAUGUCCGGGGCCAAGUGGAAGCAAGCACCGUCGGCCAUCGACGCCGACCUCGACGGAUUGUCGUACAUUCCGGAUCAAACCAAGCCCAAGCCCAAAAAAGCCCCCGCCCCCAAGCGGCCUCGACCGACCGAAACCAAGGCCACGGGCGAAGUGAUCGUCAAGUCCGUGUCGCGUAGCCGGGCCACGCCGCUGCCCCAGACCGACUUGGACGGCAAUCUCAUCGUCAAAAAGGAACCUUCUCCUCUUCCCCCUCCUCCUCGUCCCGUCGGGUCGUCGAAGCGGCCCAAACCAGACGACCCGAUCGACCCGUUCCUAGCCAAGGGCAUCUGUCGCGACGACAUGCCGGCGUGGCUUGCCUCUACGAGCACGGUGAAACCGACGGGUGAUUUCAAAGCUGACCUCGAACGAGAGCAGGAAGUGUGCUCAGUGUGUCUGGAAGUAGAGGACGCCGACGGGAGCGAGUACGUGCUCUGCGACGGCGGAUGCCUCGGGGCGUUCCACCAGGCGUGUGUGGGCAUUGCCCCCGACACGAAGCUCGACGACGAGUGGAGAUGCGAUAGCUGCGUGCGCCUCGAGCACGAGUGUCCCAUCUGCCGCAAACUCGGCCUCGUCGGCGAGUCCCUCGUCAAGUGCGCAUUGGAGGACUGUGGCAAGUACUACCACCCCGAGUGCCUCAUCGGCCACCCCCUUACCCAGGUGGGCCUCAAGCACAAGACCCUCGUGUGUCCGCGCCACACGUGCGACAAUUGCUACGCCAAAAAAGGCAGCGAAGGGCUCAUGAAGUGCACGUACUGCUCGAUGGCGUACCACCCGCGGUGCAUCCCGCCGAGCUGUCGGUUCAACGACCUCGCCAUGGUAUGCGGGCGCGACAAGGCGAUGAAGUUGCCGUCGAUCCCGAGCUUUUACGGCCCCGGGGCAGUCGUGUUUGAUGGCAAAUUCAAAUUCCCCGACAUCUUUCUGCCCAAGGUGCGCCCGGCGGCAACGUCAGUGGACAAAGAAGAACAACAAGUGGAUGUCCACCAACCGUUUCAGUUUCGACUGCCCGCGACAUACCUGGAUGAAAGCAACGCGCCACCACCGCGGUUCCAAAAACUACGGCGGAAUCAAUACCUUUUCAAGCCCCUCAAGCUCGACAUGAACGAUUUGCCCAUGUGUCAAUGCACAGACGUGUGCGACGACGACUGCACGAACCGCGCGAGUUUUGUUGAAUGCAUCGGCAAUGCUGGCAACGGGGACAAGAAGGAGCGGCACUUCAACUGCCGCGUCGGGCCAGACUGUGGCAACCGCGCACUGCAAGUGGCCGCGAUUCCGAAAACCAAAGUGUUCAAGACGACUAAUGGUCGUGGGUUUGGGCUGCGGGUGCUGGAGCCAGUCAAGGCAGGCGCCCUCGUAAUCGAGUACGUUGGGGAAGUGCUCACGGCGUGGAUGAAGCAAGACCGGAUGAUUGCACAUGCGGAAACGAGCCCCAACAACCCCAAUUAUUACAUCAUGGAGCUGGACAAGAACGUGUACUUGGACGGCCGCGUGAAAGGCAGCGACUCUCGGUUUAUCAACCACUCUUGUGACCCCAAUUGCCACCUGCUCAAGUGGGAAGUGGGCGAGUUCAAGCGCAUUGCGAUCACGGCGCUGAGGGACAUUGAAGCGGACGAAGAGCUCUCGUACGAUUACCAAAUGGAAACCACGUCGACCGACUCGUUCAAGUGCCACUGCGGCGCCGUCAAGUGCCGCGGGACCAUGGCCCCUGACAACUUGAACAAGGAAGCGCAUGCCAAGCUCAAACUCGAAGAGGACAAUGCGAAAAAGACCAAGAAGCCACCACACAAGAAACGAAAGCGAUCGAGUACAAAAGCAGUAGCAGCAUUGGCGGUGGAGCCACCGAAUCGAAAUGGCGGCGGUGGCAACACGUCCAGGCGUCAUGUACUCGCGGACGAUGUGUCGAUCAAGGCGGAACUGAUUGCCGACGUCAAGUCGGAAGAGGGGGCCGCGACCACCGACGAAACGAGGUCGCCCCUAACUAGCACCAGUAGCAGCACCAGUAGCCCCCCCGACACUGGCAGCCCUGGUCCUGCCGCCGCCGCCGCCUCGAGCAACAGCAUCCGCGACGACAACGUCGUGGGUUUUGUGGAUGCGACCAACAUUGAAGGGGGCAUGGACACGAGCGAGGAAGACGCGAGUCCGCCGCGACCGACGGGUGACGUGGACAUGAUGGACACAGAUGCUCGGAAAGAAGACGUGAAUCAAAUUGCGAGUGUAUUGAUUGCAGCAACUGGAGCCCCCCAAGAAGCUAGGACUGCUACGAGCGAUGCUGUUUCUAUCACGACAGCCACAACGACAACACAAGCCACGUGGGUGAAACGACAAGAUGGCGGCGACGCGGCGGCAGUCCAUGUAGAAACCCUCCCUGCUUCUCCACUUUGUCUGUAAGCACCAACGGCGGUGUGCGUGCUGCCAUCAAGUGUGUUGGCUCAUGGAAUAUAAAGUUGUAACAAGUUUUGUAAAUUUGAAAUGGACAA